CUCGGGGUGCCACAGGGGGCUCGCAGAAGCGCAGGGGUGGCACUGGAGAGAGGGCAGCGGAGGGACUGUCGCCUCUGUCCAGGAGUCCCGGUGUGCGCGUCUCUAGACUUGACAUUUUAUACCCCACAGCGGCCGGCAGAGCCGGGUAGCACGUCCCAGCCCUGAAGUUAUGUAGGUGGGGCGGGCUUUAAUUUGCUUAUAUCUAAUGAUUUCAGGAACCUCGCUUUAAAAUGGCGGCAUUCCGUAUACAGCCCUGCUAAAGGCUCUCCCGGCCCAGGGGCCACCUCGCGCAGCGCUGCUUCUGCUUCUGCCGCUCGCAGAUGGCUUGUGCCACUGUCGCUGCCGCUGCCCCUACCGCUGCCUCCGAGAGCAGGGCCCCUUAGCCGCUGGGUUUGCGCUAGCAGCAUAAGGUUUUGAAAAGCGUCUUUUCUGAAAACUCUGCUGCCUGGAUUCGACUCUAGAACUCUCUUUACCAACCCCUCUGCCCGUCAUUCCUGUCCCUGCCGCCUGUCCCUAAGAAGCCUGCUGGGCUUGUAGUUCACUGUCAGUAACCUGUGCAUUAUUUUUUCUGUGAUUUUUAAUUUUUGCAACCAUUUUUCCUCCCCUUGAUUUUGCAGCAAAACUUUUUUGGGUGAAACAGCCUCCCUAGUCUUACUCUUUAUAUAAAAAGAAGCUAAGAUAUAGGGAAAAAACUUUUUUCUCCCUGAUCUGAGACCAUUGUACUAUUUGAGGAGCCUCCAGCAGCAAAUUAUUUUUGAAAUCAUCAAUUAGUUUGUACAGAAUUCUUCUGAAAGUCCACCAGUUAUCUGAGCAAAUUUCGUAAAUUAAGAAAAUAAACCAUCUCAACCAUUACAGCUACCUUCUUAGGAGUUGGUCUCUAAUUUUAAUUUUAGUUAUUCUGAUAUAACUUUGAUUUCUGUGAGAGACUUUCUUGGAUCAGAUUGGAUUUGACUGAAGUGAAAACCUAAGUGCUAACGAAUAGCCAUUCCACCAAAGCAACCUGCUAUCUCUUUGCGUUGAGCUCAAAUUCACUUUAAUCCUCUCACAAACAAGAGUGAUACCAUCCUAAAAAGUGUGCACUUGAUUUGCACUUUGCUUACAAUAUGACGGCCGUCAAUGUUGCCCUGAUUCGUGAUGCCAAGUGGCUGACUUUAGAGGUCUGCAGAGAAUUUCAGAGAGGCACUUGCUCUCGAGGUGAUGCAGACUGCAAGUUUGCCCACCCGCCAAGAGUUUGCCAUGUGGAAAACGGUCGUGUGGUGGCCUGUUUUGAUUCUCUAAAGGGUCGCUGUACUCGAGAGAACUGCAAGUACCUUCACCCCCCUCCACACUUAAAAACACAGCUGGAAAUUAAUGGACGUAACAAUCUGAUUCAACAGAAGACUGCCGCAGCCAUGUUCACCCAGCAGAUGCAGUUUAUGCUCCAAAACGCUCAAAUGUCAUCCUUUGAGGCAGUUCCUGAGUGCCAAGUAGCUCGUAGACACCGUGCUGGUCACUGGAACACAUGGGAAUUCCUGUCACCCGACGUAAUUCUAGUAGAGACGCUGAGAGGAAAUAAUUGUCAGACAAUUCCUGUGACUCCGUCACUUACGGCUAGUCCUACCAUGGCGUUCAGUCCAUAUGUAUCUCACACUGGGAUGAGCCUGGUUCCAGCCGAACUUUUACCAAAUGCACCUGUUCUGAUUUCUGGAAAUCCACCUAUCCCAUUGCCAGGAGUUCCUGGUCCAAAGCUGAUGCGUUCAGAUAAACUGGAGGUGUGCCGUGAAUUUCAGCGUGGAAACUGUACCCGUGGGGAGAGCGAUUGCCGCUAUGCUCACCCUACAGAUGUGUCCAUGAUUGAAACAAGUGAUAAUACUGUGACUGUCUGCAUGGAUUACAUCAAAGGUCGCUGCUCCAGGGAGAAAUGCAAGUACUUUCAUCCUCCUCCUCACCUGCAAGCCAAACUCAAGGCUGCUCAUCACCAGGCGAUCCACUCAGGUGCCACUGCAAUGGCCCUACAGCCUGGUGGACUUCAACUGAUACCAAAGAGAUCUGGCCUUGAAAAGACCAAUGGUGCCACCCCGGUCUAUAGUCCUGCCGUUUUCCACUGCCAACAGGGUCUGGCUAACAUGCAGGUUCCACAGCCGGCAUUUAUCCCUGCAGGGCCAGUUCUGUGCAUGGCACCCGCUACAAGUUUUGUGCCCAUGAUGCACGGUGCUGCACCUACCACUGUGUCUGCAGCAGCAACACCUGCCACCAGCGUUCCCUUCGCUGCAACAACUACAGGCAAUCAGUCGAAAUUCUGAACAGCAGAGUUACGGAGUAUCGGGAUCUCUCCAUGAGAACCUCCAUAUGGCCUUUCUAUAUAUAUUCUCAUAUGUCCUCUUCUAGCAACACAACAAUAAGCAUGGUGCAGUCAAUAUAUUAAACAAAGUGAACGUGUCAGCCAACAAAUCUAAAUGAAAACAAAGCAUUAAAAUCGGUGGAGAUGUUAAAUCCGAAUUAGAAAAAUAACUACCAUCUAUCUCAUUUGAAUUAUUAGGUAGAACACGAUCAUAAAACGUUGUGAUUUUUUUUCCUGUAAUCAUUAUGCUAAACAAAUUUCCACAGUGUGCUAUUGGCUUACUGUACAUUUUGGUGGCUAAAUGUUCAUCUGUUUUUGAAGUGUUACCUUACUGUAUUGUUUACAGGACAUUCUGUUGAAUUGAUUUAGAAUGUAAUAGAUAUAUCCAGUACCAUUUUCCCCAAGGUGGUAUUGUUUUGGGUUGGGGUGGGUUUAGUUUUCAUAUAUGAUAGUGUUUUGCUGUGUGGCGUUCGAUACAAAUUAAAAUAUUAUUAGUAGGGAACAGAAGUUUAUGUGCUUGAAAAACAUGGCAGGUUCAUGUUAAUGUGAUCUCUUUAGAAUAUUUCUGUAGGUUUCUUGGGGCACACAUUUACAAUGCCUCACUUUUGAAUGUGCACAGAAUCUGUUCAUAAAUACGCAUGUGUAUAAUUUGUAUCUGCAGAUCUAACCUUGCAUAAUUCAAUAAAGUUACUAGGAUUUUUGCGAGAGGGAAAUAACUAGCCAUACAAAGUAGAGAAUUUCUUAAAAUCUUAACUCUUAAUACACUCCUCUUAACUAGCUUGAAAAAAAUUCACUUCUUAAUGAUUUUUCCGACAUUUCUACUAAAAAUUAUGUAAAGUUACCACUACAUGGUUGUGAUUCUCAAGAAUACUAUCUCCUACGUUGAGUGUCUAAAAUUGAGCCAUUUGUCAUCUUCACCUGCAAAAGCGGUACUUGGGGGCUUAAAAGUGUGCUAAUUGCAGGUUAUAAAUCAAACAGAAAUGGGGAGGUAGAGAUAGUUUUUACAUAUUAGUGGAAAGUGUGUAAAACCUUUGCCAUGUAACCUUUUACACAAGUGUCAUUUUCCAAAUGCAAAUGGCUGUAGCUCUUAGACUAUUCUUUAAACAAUAAGAUGCAAUCUAGCACAAGUCAGUCAGGGUGAAAGAGAACUGAUUCUAAAUGAGGCCUUUCCUCCUCAAAUGGACAAUCUUUUCUAUUGAUCACAGAGGGAACCUGAGUGCAGGUUUGGGAAAUGGCAGGGACGAGGGCAGGGAGGCAUUUAAAAUUACCUUUUGAUUUAUGCAAAAGAGCUGGAAAAGAUGUCCGCAUUGUGCUUCAGUGUCACCAAAUUGCCAAUUCCGUUAAACACUUCAGUGAAGGAGCAAGUGCCUGCGAUAUAUGACAAGCUUCUCCCUGUCCAAACUUCAACAUCAGAAUCUUUUACAUCAAAACUAAGCCUCUUUUUUCACUUGUUUAGAUUCAUUUGCCUUUAUGGCUGUUUACAAUAGGGUAGAUUAGUACUCUUUGGUUAAUAUAGAGAGACUGUACUACACAGAGGUGAGCUGAAUUCUCAUUAAUACUUAGGAAAUAAUUAAACAUGAGUAAAAUAGCAAUUAAUUUCUGUGCUCUUUAUUACAUCUCCAUUCUAUUCAGUUAUUAUACAGUAGUAGAAACAUAAAAUUUUGUUCAGAUUUAGAUUUAAUAUUUUCUACUGAAUGUAUGCUCUCCCCCUGGAAAAUAUAAAACCAUCCGAUUGGAUACAGAGAAAAGGGUUGUUUUUCUCCUUCAUGAAGAUGACCAAUAAAGAGAAAAUCUGAUUUAGGAUACCUUAAGCCGGCUGGUAGGUUUGAGUUCCAAAACAAUGGAAUUAGCAAAAACUUGUGAUCAUUGAUAAAACUGAAACUGAAGACCACGUGACUUCCCCAGAGCUAAGGACCGCUGUGAGACCCAGAACGAUCUCCGGACUCCAAGUGUAAAUCUUUCUCAUGAUGUGCUUCAGAGCAUUUGAGACUCCAUCUCAAAGCAUUUGGCCCAGAACACAAAAGUGUAACAUUAUCUCCAGUAGUUGGUAUCUAUUGGUCUUCAUUAUCAGUCCAAAUCCUGCUCAACUGUGAUUUCUAAACAGUCUUACUUGUAUCGAGCCACUAUCAUCUUUAAACAGUGUUGCCUGCAGUUAGAGAUUAGAAUUUGUUCUUUUACCCGGAACUCUUUGAACCACUUGUUUUUCUCUUUCCUGACAUCUUAACAUUGCUGGAGAAGAAACUAGGGUAUGCCCUUUGGAGAUGCCUUGUGUGUGGAGCUGAGUUUUGUGUAGUGUUGGUGCCUCUCCAGAAGGGCAGAUUUGACUGCAUGAAUCCAGGAAGGAUGCCCCUGAACUAGUCUAGAUGUAUUCCUUAAUGGAGAUGGGAACUUUUUCUGUAAAAUGAACUUUUGUGUAGUUUGACAUUUUUGAUGCAACAUACUAUCUCAUUUAACUUUUUAAACUUUUGACAAAGAUGUACAUAGACCUAAAGUACAGCUAUUUUCAUGUUGCUGUAAGCACUGGAAGACUAAUAAUGACUUAUUUUUAGUAAAAGAUUGAGGAAGGAACAUUCAGGGUAGUUUUAUUUUGAGUGCCACCAUUUUCUAAAUGAUUGGCAUUUUAAAAGUUGCUAUAUAAAUGAAUUUAAGGAAAGAAAGCUCAAAGCCCUAAAGUUUUGAUCAAAUUCAACAGUUUUGAGAAAAUGAAAGUUUAAGAUAGCACUCUUCAGUUGUGCAAGGACUUAUUCAAAUUAUCUUUAUUCAAGAAAAGACACGAUUGGUAAGUCAUUAGACUAUAAAUUUCCAGUUAAAAAGAUAAGUCACAAAAUAAUCAGUGACUCUAAGCAAAAUUUACUGAAUGCAUUGUAUAUACAAAAUUCUAAUCACUUAUAAUUCUUAGCUAAAAUUUUAUAAUCUGUAUUUUACAAGGGCCUCUACUUUUAUUUAUCCAAAAUUAUUGUUCUGUCCAUUCUUCUCAGCCUUUUGCAAACAUAUGCAAGAGUGCCGAAACUUGAAUAAGACGGGUCUUAUAUACUGAAAAAUAAUCUAAAAGUUAUCUUUUAAGAGGGUUUUAAUAGUAUCAAUUUUUUACAAAAAGCACUAUGUGACCAUAAUGAAAGUAUAUUUUAAAAGAGGAUUAAGAUUAAAUUAAGAUAAAUGGAUUCAUAAAAAUUGUUAUUUAAAUACAGUAUUUACUUUUGCAAUUGGAGCAUGAUUCCAUAACCAGCGGUUGCACUUCAUUUCACUUUUCUAGAUUAGACUUUAAUUUGUAGCUAAUCAUGAAAGCCACCUCCCCCCAUUCCAUCGAGCCGUCACCGUCAGUUUCUGAUCAUGCUAAAAGCACUUGGAUCUGGCCAUGAGUGUUACCCUACAGUACAAGGCUGUGUUCUGUAGUGGGAGCCCUCAGCUCACCCGCUCUCCAAUUUGGGCGGAUGCCAGUGCCUCAUCCCUGCCCUCAGCAGGUAAUAAGUGGAAUUACAUCUUCGAUCAGCUUUUAAUGGCCUGACCAGUAAGCAUAGUGAUGUCUAAUAAGGAACAUUUAUGUUACAUUUUUUCAAGAGAGGAGGGAAGCCUCGGGGCUUCUUGGAAUGUUAUUUGGCCCCUUUUUCCCCUUUUGGAGUCGAUGAGGGUGCCCUUAAGUAAAGCACAGCCAUGAGUUUUCAGAGUUCUUUCAGUCUCUAGGGUGGGAAGGCGUACACAGAAUGAUGAGAAACUGAGGCACUCAUUCUUAUCUUUUAUACAUUUUACAUACAUUGAAAUAGAAAUGAAGAAAAAUUAUGGGGGGUUCUGAUUUUCAACAUUCUGAUUAAGCAGAGUGAUAGUGGCCUAAUUUUAUCAGUACCUGCCAAAGGCAAUAAUCAGCAUGCAAAAGAACACACCAAAAAUUUUUGCCAACUUAGUUGAUAGCCUAAUCAAAUUGUAAAUAUAACUACAAAUCUAGAGUCAGCACCAGCUCAGUCACUGGUGCCGUCUUUUCAUUUUUCUUCUGAGAUUUUAAGGUUUUUAUUUUAUGACUUUUUAUAUCUCUAAGUAACUAAUAAAUUUAAGAAUUUAAUUUUGAAGGAGAGUUAGAGAAAGUUUAUAUGUUUUAUUUUACUACAUAUAUUCAGCCUACCUAGUUAGAUUCUAAACUGACACUAAAGCAUGGCAGAUAUAGAUGACAGUCCAUAACUACUCUAUACAGAUCACAGUUUAAGAACAAAUUUAACUUUAUACAAAAAUAAUAAUUAUUGACUAACUAUAUUUAGUUGUUGCUUUGGCAACGAAACUACAACAUGGCUACCUUUUAGACAUUUGUGUGUGCGUGUGUGGAAAUUUUAUUUGUAAACUAUCUGUGGUUCGUGACAGUAUAAGCAUGUAGAUGAUAUAGCUCAAAACUCAGAAAACAGAUAUGGUUGAAUAUUUUAAUCCCUAAGUCACAUGUGAAAGCUGAAUUUGUGUCCUGUGACUUUUUGGUCAAAAAGUUUACAACUCAUGGAUUCUAGAAGCAGGCUUAUAGUUUGUAGACUUUGUUGUGUGGAUAGGGUUAUUCCACAGUAUUUUGACUUCAAAAUAAAAUACAUAUUAUAUAUACACACACAUAUAUAAAAUCAUUAACUUUUUCAUAACUUUGUUUAUUGAAAAUUACACCAUAUGACAUAUCUGUAGUGGCAACAAUUCUUUUUCUGAAAUUAUGUGUACAAAUAUUCAUGAGGAUUAAAACAUGACUAAACAUAUUUUGAAAUUAAUUCAUAUUUGUAAAACCAUAUGUAAAGAUACUGUGGAAUGGCCCCUGAACAGUGUUUAAGAGACAUAUGCUGCGGCUACCUGAUUGUCAAAGUUAGGGUGCGGACGUGUGAGACACACCUUUUUUGCACUUGUGUACAUAGUCCAUGAAAGCAAUCCUCGGAGCUUUUUUUUAAUAUAAGAAGACUGUGAUAAUAGUGUUAAAGUCAGUAAGAGAAAGUUAUUCCUAAGGCUUUGAAAGGAAGGUUUUUUUCUUUUUGCUCUAAGACAUAUAAAGCAUUAUGUUGCUUUGCUGUUGUGGAGGUUUUCUAGUUAGCUACAUCUUACUGGGACAGAAAAUUGGUUACGGGUAACUGGUCAACAUUAGCUAACAACACUAAACAAUAGUAGAAGUACUUCUUUUAGGAAGACCACUAGCAAAGAUUAUUUGCUUUUUAAGUCAAUCCCCACUUUACACACACACACACACACACACACACACACACACACAAACACACACCUACCAGGUAGGUUGUGGUAGAGGUUUUCUUUUUUUUAGUGACUACAAGCAGUGAAAUACCCUGUAAAUUGCAAGAUAGCUAUUUUCAUCAUGAUGAAUUCUGAUUUCAUCUUUUCACAGAAAUUUAUCAUUAUGUGAUAUCAGUUAGCAUGUGUAUCAAUUGCUAUGUAUUCAAGUGACAUUUCAAAUAUUAAUGUUGACCUCUACUCCUACUUUAAGAUGCAGAACCCCAAAACAAAUUGGCAACCAUUGCAAGGUUUCAUUUCCUUGUUAAGUAUAGCUGGUAUAGGGAAGUUUGCUCAUUUGAGGGAAGGAAACAUGCUCCUCGCACAACUUUAGCAACAGCUUUAUUUACAUUGUAUGUGUUCAGUGCGAGCUGUUUCUGACCCCCCUUACCAAAUUUCAGAGUACUACUUCACUGUGCCACUUGAGCCUCCCAAUAGUUUGUUUAAAUAAAACAGAAGAGAAGGAGCCAAAAUCUUACAUAAUGCAGGAGCUAGAAGAGAAUGCUUCAAUCUGACCGCCUCUACCAGUUUUAGCUCCACACCAUCUACAGAUAGCCAUGGAAGUUUCUUGUCCUCAAGCAAUGAGGCCUACGAAGGGUUGAGGGUAGAAAGAUUAAGGGACAGAUCACCACAGGUACUUGGAGUCCAUUGCAUCUUGAGGCAUGUAGCUCUCACCCUGGAAAAGGACAGUAUUCUGAUGUUAGAAGAUCUGGUAUUGGAACAUUGCUAUCUAUUUUGCUAGGUCUCUCAGAGACAGAACUAUAGGGCUGGAGGGUGUGACUCAGUGAUUGUAUGUUUGCUACCAUGUGUGAGACCCUUAUUAUACUCCCAGAGAGAGAGACAGGCAGACAGACAAAGCCAGAAAGCAAUCCAAGCCUUAUAGUUGUCCAAUAACUCAGGGCCAUUUGGCUAGAAAUUUUUUCUCCCAUCACUUUAUAAUCACUUAGUGUCCAUGAUACAACAAACAGCCUGACAAUCGGACCAGCAUUUCCAGUGAUAUAAACUGUAAACAUUCUUCCACUGUGUAGUUAGGAACCCCUAACUUCAACCUUAGUGCCAACAUAGUUUUCCAAUUUAACCCAUUUCCUUGUGUUUGGAUUUCCUGGUGAAUCUGGAAGCCGGGAAAAGAAUAUAUGUUCAUAAUGGUAGUAGAGACAUGAGAUUUGUUCUGUUUCGCAGUGCUGGGGAUUGAACCUAGGACCUCAUGCAUGCUAAGCAAGUGUUUUACCACUGAGUUACGUUCCCAGCCCGAGAUGUGAGAUUUGAAGUCAACAAGAAUCAUGUACGAAAUAGUAGGAGUGACAGCCCUUGGCUCUCAGUCUUUGGAACCUAACACAUUCAUAUAGAGCCAAAAUUCAUAUGUAUCGCUGUUGGAUGGCUCUGAAGCCCCGGCGAUACAUGCAUGAUUGUCUCACUGCGUGGCUUGGGACAGUCCUAUCAGGUGAUAGAAGCUAGAGGAAACAUGUAAACAUAGUGACUGUGUUUAAAUACGUAAAACAAGUGGGUGUGUGCAGUAUAACAAAGACAUGUAAUUUAGACCAAAAAAAAAUCUGUUAAGAUAUAGCUUGAGUAAUUCAUAUCGGUUCCAGCUCUUCAAUUUGUCCUUGCCUGCAGGGAAUUUCUUAUUAAUACCUAAAAGCUGGAAUAUUACAAGAAAUUUUAUCUUUAUAUAGAACUCUUCCUCAAUUAUUGUAUACCUAAAAUAAGUGUGUAUCACUAUGAAAUAAGUUACGACUCUUUGUAGAAAAUGAGAAAACCCUUAUUAGUCAUCUACAUCAUGUUAUUUUUUUUAAAAUACCUUUGUAACAAGACCUAAAGUAACACAACUAUUAUAUAUAAGCUUUUUCCUCCCAAAUACACAAUUUAAAGAUUUAUCUCUCAUAGAACUGCUUAGUUCCAAAGCUUUAUUUCUGUAUACAGAUGUUAUUUGUUAGUGAUGGAAACCAAAUUAUUUUGUUGCUGUGUCUUUUGUGUCCAGCAGUUGAAGGAAUGAUGCAAUCAUCACAUCAUUAGAUUCUAAGAAUGCCCUUUUCCAAAAAUAUUCCCUUUUAUUUUUAUUGUUGCUGCUUAAAUUCAUACAAAAUGAGCCAUUUGUUUCCAAAUUCAAGGAUUUAAAUUAUAUAUAUAUAUAUAUAUAUACACAUUAAUUGUGUUUUGGUUUUGAGGUCAGGUCUCUGUGUUGAUCAGGAUGGUCUGAAACUCCUGGGUUCAAACAGUCCUCCCUCUGGAUUAGUUGGAUAUACAGGUGUGUGCUUCUAUGCCUAGCUAUAAAUUAAAAUUUUUUUUAAAUGAAGGGUUAUUCCUAAAUGUACGCUUUAAGGGUUAACUGUAUUGCACUCAUAUAAUAACAAUCUGGACUGUAGAAACCUGGGGGACUAUUUUGAGAAGAAAAAAAAUGUAAACGUACCUAUAAUAAAGUGUUUAGCCCUGUACAAAAACUAUGGAUUUAAAUAAUGAUCAGAAUAUUUUACAAAUAAAAAACAUUCCCUUUAUAUCAUCAUAUUUUGCCUGAAAAAUUCAAUAGCUCAUUUCCUCAACUGCAGAUAUGUUGAUUUUUGUUUUUUUUUUCCAAGUUCUAGUGGUGUAGUGCUUGUCCAUGUUUAGAAGUGUGCAUUUUGUAACUCAUUUUAGUAUGCUACUUUUAUGUUUAAUUUUGUUCUUUUAAUAAAGUAUAUAAGUUUCA